AUGUGGCUAUACGUGGUGGCAGCGGCUUUGGUGGCGGCAGCAGCGGUGUACGCCAUCGUGGUGCUCUUUUCCCAUACUCCGCGACGCCCGUUCCCUGAGGAGGAAACCUACGAGACCAACGACGGCCAGGGGCGGGUCCACCCGCUCCCGCCACGCGCCCAGCCAGGGGACGCUAAAUCGACGCUGGCGGGCGAUGUCGAGCUUUCGGUGGUGAUCCCCUGCUAUAACGAGAUCGACCGGCUCGGGGCGAUGCUUGACGAGUGUGUCCCGUGGCUCCAGCACCACCCACGCGGGUUUGAAGUGGUGAUUGUCGACGACGGGCUGAGCGACGGCACCGGCGCCUAUGCCCUUGAAAAAGCUACUGAAUUGAAGCUUAAACCGGGACAAAUGCGGGUGGUCACCCUUACUAAGAACCGGGGUAAAGGCGGUGCCGUCACCCACGGUAUGCUCCAUGCUCGCGGCGAUUAUGUGUUAUUUGCCGAUGCCGACGGUGCUACUCAGUUUAAAGAUGCGGAAAAGCUUCUUCAGUGGUUAAGAGAUCAGCCCAGCCACCGGGGGGCAGUGGCGGUGGGGCUGCGGGCCCACAUGGUCAACACCGACGCCGUGGUGAAACGGCUGUUCAUCCGCAACUUCUUGAUGUACGGCCUCCACACGUUGGUGUACGUGUUUGGCAUUCGUGACGUCAAAGACACCCAGUGUGGGUUCAAAAUGUUUAACCGGAAAGCGGUGACGGAGAUCUUUCCUCACAUGCACACCGAGCGGUGGAUCUUUGACGUCGAAGUGCUUAUAUUAGCCGAGCGCCAGCAGAUGCCGGUGGAGGAGAUUGCCGUUACCUGGCACGAGAUUAGCGGGCUGAAGGUCGAUCUUGCCCGCGACCUGAUCAACAUGGCCAUCGACCUCGUGGUGACGCGGUUAGCGUACUUGUUGGGGGUGUACACCAUACGUGACGCCAAGAAGGACUUAUAG